AAUUAUUCUUUAUUGUGUUGACAUGGGGUGCAAAGUGGUUGCUGACGCUCGGGUUUUGGAUUGCUGAAAAGAAUCAACGGAAGAUUCGGGAGCAUUCUCAGGACUCGGUCGCAGCUUUAGCAGUUGAUUAUUCGGGCUGCGACAAUGAAGUCACAAACGGUCGAAGUUGUUUAUUGACGAACAGUGAUAAAAAUUGAAAAUUUCUAGUCAUGCACGAUUUGUGAAUACAACAUUCAAACAUGCACGAGCAUUCGACACACGGAACCCACCAUCCUUACGGACUCGUUUCACAAAUUUUGACUACGAUUUCGUUCUUGAUCGGUAUCACCGGAAACAUAGCCGCGUUGUGGAUCUUGUACAAAUCUGCCAGAACAAGAAACAGAAAACACGUACUCAUGCUGAGGUGGUUAUCGACAAAUGAUCUGGUGGCUGUUGUUGGAAUGCUAACCGCUAAUUAUUUGAAGAGGUACAGCGUCAUUCCCGAGUUUUGGUCUUGCGUUUCUUUUGUGGUGCUUCGUGCUUUCGGUUUAGGCUCGGGAUGUGUAGCAUUUAUUAUGGCAUUGGAACGAUGGCUAGCGCUUACCAGACCGUUUCUGUAUCACAAGGUGGUGACCUACGAAGUUGUAAAGCGUACUCUUUGUUGCUUAUGGUUCGGCGCUUUGUUCUUGACUUGCCUUCCCUUAUUUGGUUUUGGGCUCUAUUUUGAGAACGGAAAAUGCGCCAGAUUUAGAUACGCAUCCCUGGUGAAAGACAAAAUAUAUGCUUAUUUUUUCUUUUUUGUCGGAUCCACGUUAUGCAUAAGUAUAGCACUCUGUAAUAUAGCAGUGGUGUGCGAGUUGUCAAAGAUCAGAACGCAAAACCACAUACUGGUUAGAAGAAUAAGCAGAUCCCUGAUAGUAAAUAAUCGCACAGCUUCAUGUCCGAGACACCAUCAGACACCUGAAGAAGUCGCUUUUGCCAAACUCAUGGCUUAUAUUUGUGUCAUGUUUUUGGUAUGCUGGGGCCCCCAAGUCAUCACAGUACCGAUAGCGCAAUUCAGUGCCAUUCCGAAAUCGUCACCGAUCAAUAUUCUGGCAGAUAUCAUGUUAUCGGUGUAUUUCACGUUAGACCCCUACAUAUACGUCCUGCAAAGGUACUUUGAAAGAGGAACCUGCGGAUUGGGCUGUUGCUUUCUGCGGAGGCGAAGAUCCACGAGUAGUCUCCCUACGACUACAACCACAGGUGGGGGCACCCCCACCUCUGUGUUGAUUAACCCUCCCGCAUUUCCGGUUCCUAAUAACAAUCACAAUCACGUGUCGUAAAAUUUAUAAACGAAAAUGGCCAACAGCCAUUUUCAUUCGUUUCGCAUGUCCGCGUGCGGCUUUCUUCCGUCCAAAUUUGAAAUUUAAUUCGAAAAACUAAUGUAUCACUUGCAUGGCCCUUUUCAGCUUCCGUUUUCGAUACCACCAUUUUUGUAAAACUCUCCAAGCGUAUAACAGCGUGCGACCAAUGCUCAUAAGUUACAUUUUUUUAUUUCAGAAACCUUAGAUCUUAAAGAGUAUAGUUAAAUUGCAAACAACAUGGCAAUUUACUGAAGAUAAAGAGAAAAGAGGAGAUGGAAAACUAGACUUUACGCGCUACAAAAAAUAUGUGAGUGUAUUUCUGCUUACCACUUGGGAAGGAUAAAUUUAAUUAGCUGAAAUUUGUUUUCCGAAAAACGAAUUUCUUACGUUAAUCGCAUUGCCGCACUAACGUAGGAACUGUCCCCAAGUAGUAAGAAACGAUAAAUAUAAACUAAUAUAUAUUCCUAAACUCAACGAUUUAAAUAGGCAGCAAAAUGUUCAUUCCGUUUAAAUGUGUAUUGUAUAAGGAUAUUUCUUGACCUAAAUUUAAGGCGAUGGGUUUAUCACCCUUAUCAAGAUAAAGAGAAUUGUUGUUGCAUGCUUGUCGUGAAUUUAUCAUCGUUUAGAAAAUUUGUGGUUACAUUUGUAAAGGUUAACUAGACCGAUAUUCAAAUGGCUGAAAUUUUUAUUUUUGUAUGACUAUGCACGAUACGAAUUAUAAACGCUUAUCGACAAAAUUAAAAAACAUAUCCAAGUGGACGCUAAUGGGAAAACAUAAUCCAUCUGUCGCUUUUUUAUUAUUUAAUUUCGCGCUAUUUCUGUCUGAUCUCUUUUGCUAUAAUUAUCGCAGUCACGAUUAAAUCCAUCCUUUCGUCAUGCUUUAAUCAGUUUAUUUUGUAUAUAUACAUUUUGUAUUUUGUUUUCUAACGAUUUUUUACAACGUUUUGUCUAAGUAUUAUAUAGAAGUAUUCUAAUAUAAUUUAAGCAACAAUUGUAGGUUUAGUUUUGAAAAAAAUCGACGUAGGCUAACAAACCGAAUACCAAAAAUAAAAACUAAAACCACAUUGAUACAAUAGACUGAUCUAUUUUUGUGAUAAAAUAAAACACAUUCUAUGUAUUAAAAUAAUGUACCUUAAUAAUGAUA